CUCAUCAUGCAUUACAUAUAUGUGUAAAAAUUUGACAUCAUUGUAUUAUCAUUGUAUUCUAACUUUAAUUUCUCUAUUGCAAAAUAUAAAUCAUAUCAUUUUUUAUAGCCUUCGACACAUAUGUUAGUUAUUUUUUUGUGUAUCCAUAUUGAGAUACGAACAUCUAGUUCAUGCAUGAUUCGUGGUAAAAGCGAGAGCGAGAAGCGAGAACAUGGAGCAUUUUUAGCAACUGAGAAAUGUCAGAGGUUUCAUUCAUGAUUGUUAUAACAUGCACAGUGUAGUACUAGUUUCCAAGAUUCUUUUACGAGCGUGAGAGAUAGAGUUAUGAUAAAAAUUAAGAUAUUAUGAAAGAAAAAUAAUAUAUAAGGAUUUAUUUAUCCAAUUAUAAUGGCUGCUUGGAUCAAUGUAACUUCAAAAUUAGAGCAAGGUUUAACAAUAGUAGCUCGACUGGAUAAUAAUAGCAAAUUCCGUCUUCUUGUCAACCAUAUAUGCCAGAGCUUGCAAUCUAGCAUUGAUACAAAGGUAUUCAAUGAGGAGGAGGAAGAAAAAUUGCUGGUUUCUUUAGAUCUAACAAAAGAUGAGUUAAUUCUCCUGUUAGAUACUAUUACAUCAAUUUACACGCAAGCUGCAUGUAAUGUUGUCAAACCAUCUCUCAUGGAAACAGUCAUGAAGGACAAUUUUAAGAUAGAUGAAGAGAAAAUAUCAAUCUUUACAAAUGCAUGGAUGACUUAUGGCAAAGGCAUUGUAGAAAAUCUUAGGCAAAAAUCUAUAUUUCCUACCCAGGUAAAAGAUAUCAAUUGGUGUCUAAAUGUUCAGUCAUCGUCCUCUGCAAUUUCCAAAGAUGCACGACCUGUAGCUUUACUUCAACUUGGUCUAACUGGUGAUAAGACAUCUACACUAACAGUGGAAUUUGACAAGAAACAGUUGACAGAUCUUUAUUAUAAUUUAGAGAAAAUUCAAACUCAGCUAGAUGCUCUAGAAACGAAAAUGUAAAUAUUUGAACUUAUGCAUGUUUAUUAUAAGCGAAUAAUGAUUUAUCAUACAAAAAUAUAUUUUCCAAUUUUUACAUAAUUUAUGUACAGAUUUAUUUAUAUGUAUUUACGUAUUUAUUUUCUUAUAUGCUAUAAUUAAAAAAUUAUAUCUAUACAGAUUUAUCAAACAAUUAAAAAAUUUAUAUAUA